UGUUAUUGUGUUAUUGUAAUUUUCUCUCAUUUUGUGGUUAUUGUUUGGCUUUCAGCGUUGCGGAAGUGCGAGUUGCUAGGGCGGGGAGGUCAGGCAGGUGUCGCUGGGACGGUUUGAAAGCUUGUUUUAGAUUUACCAAUGAGUUUUACAGACGUGAGCAAUGCGUCUUACGUGAGAAACGGCCCAUAGCCUCCUCAAGCGUGUCAUGGAGGGUUACCCUUCAAAGGCGCAAGGGGACGUUUUUGAUCAGGGUAAUCCCUCUCAACACUUUGGUUCGGCAUCAACAGCCGUUCCUGCCACACAGACCAUUAACACUGCUGUGACCUUCAUAGGCCAGACACACUCCUCAUCUGGACAACUGGAGGGUAAUGCAGGAGCAAUGGCCACCCCAGGGACGAGCCUACAGGAUGACUUUAGGGGAGAAGCCAGUGUGGGAGGGAACACAGGACGCAAGAAGAAGAAGAAGCAGAAGAGUGGCGAAGAGACAUCAGGAAAUUCGGUCAAACCUGACCUGAUGGAAGAGGAUGAGCUCGUUGACGCUGCGAUUCCAAUGCUAGCUGAGAAUCAAGGUGUUGAAGAGCUGCUUUAUCCUGCCUCACUGCCUCCUGCAGGUGGGACAUUAGUUGGUGGUCAGUACCUCCUCAACAAUGCCCUUCUGGAUCAGAUCCUUGCAGAAAAGAAAAUGCAACUCAUGCAAAGUCCAGAAGUGAUGGAUUCUUGA